UCCUUCCUUCAGCUAAUACGAAUCCACUUUUCCUUUUCUACACUGCCACGUGUCCGAUUCCAUGCCAUUCUGAUUUUCUCGCAUAUUUAGGUCUUCCCUCGCUUUUUAAUUUGUUGCAGACUCAGAUCUAUUACGGUUUUCCAUAUAUCUUCAACUUUUCAAACACUUUUCUCAUUCUCUUCAGAAUUCAGAUCCACAUUAUCUCUUCUUUUUCUUAGAAAUAACUAACAUAUGUCAAGUGCAAGAUUAUUCCUUCUUUCUCUUCUCUUCCUCUCUCUUUCACUGCACCUCGCUCUCUCCGCACCAUCUCCGUCACCGUCUCCGUCAUAUUCCGUCCAUGCUCCGAAUGCUUCCCCCGCCAGCUUACCUCUAGGUUCAUCACCGCCUUUUCGGAGUCCCGUCGCCUCUCCGGCGCAUUCACCGGGAUCCUCUCCGGCGCCUUCUCCGGCGGACGGCAACCACAUCGACGUGUACGAGGAUGACAGAGCAGAGAAUUCAUCAUCGAGAGGAGGAUUGAGCGGGAGCAAGAAGGCAGGGUUAGCGAUCGGAGUAAUCGUGGCGGCGAGCGUGAUCGUGUUGGCAGGGAUGGUGUACAAGAAGCGGAAGCAGAAUAUACGGCGCUCUCAGUAUGCAUACGCCGUAAGGAGAGAAUUUCUCUAAACACGUACAUGCAUACACUCUAAUUCCUCUAUAGAAGGUUUUUUUUUUUUCAUCUUAUAUAUACUCCUUCCUUCCCUUCCAUCUUAUUCUAGAUUCUUUCUUUUUGCUUCUCUUUCUGUUCCCAUUCACACAUUAAGUGUAAUAAACAUUUUUUAUUCACAGAUAUUAAUUAUUAGAAUGUUAAUUUUUUUUAUAA